GAUAAUGAUGGUAAUCUCAGACAGCAAAGGCUUCAAUAAUGUUCCACAAGAGGGAGGCUAAGCUGCCACAUGAAGACAGAGAGAGUGCAUUAAGUGCCGAGGUGUUUAUUUUGGGGAGGGGGAGUGUGUGAGUGGGGAGGUGUUGGCAGAAGGAGGGUCUCUGUUUGGAGACGGCGUGUCUUUAUCACCUGGAGAUCCCCCCCUCCUCCAUCUCCCAGCCCAGACUAACUCCGUGUGUCCGCGCCACCUCCUGGACACCAGCUCCACAUCGGGGGGAGAGGAGAGAGCUGAGUGUGUGUAUAAGCAAGAGGAAGCAGCAACGGCGGAGAUCCCAGGCUGUCUCUCUCGGCUCCCCAGCUCCCUGAGAUAUUAUUAUCAUUAGUGUUUGGUGUCUGUCUGACUUGCAGCGUUCGCUGUGCUGAGGCAGCAGCCCCGCGGGCAAUGGCUCUCCGAGCCGGCUGGCAAGCCAUCCUCGGCUGCCUGCUCACCGCCGCUUCGGCCGAGAUCUCCAAGGAGGGCGGCUGCAAAGUGAAGACGGUGACCGUGUCCACGCUGCCCGUGCUCCGGGAGAACGACAUCAGUUUCCACGGGGCGCUGGCCGCUGAGUCCAAGCUCUUCCUCUUCGUCCGGAACGACCUGCCGGGAGAGAUCUUGGUGGUGGACGACCUGGAGAAUACCGAGCUACCUUACUUCACCCUGGAAAUGACUGGAACGGUUGCUGAUAUCUCUUUGGUCCACUGGAAGCAGCAAUGGCUGGAGAAUGGCACCUUGUAUUUCCAUGUCUCCAUGAGUAAUGCUGAGCACCUGUCCCAGAUAACUCCACCGACUCUGCGGGAGCCCUCCGAGAUUGUGGACGAACAGAUGCAUGUCCUUCAUGUCUCAGUCAUGGGAGGUCUGAUUGCUCUGCUGCUGCUCAUCCUAAUCUUCACCAUGGUACUGUAUGCGCGGCGGAGAUGGUGCAAGCGGAGGCGAGUCCCUCAGAAGAGUGCCAGCACAGAGGCCACCCACGAAAUUCAUUACAUCCCAUCUGUGCUGCUGGGACCACAGGCCAGGGACAGCUUUCGUAACUCUCGGAUACAGGCCCACAAUUCAGUGGUCGGAAUGCCAAUCCGAGAGACGCCCAUUUUGGAUGAUUAUGACUGCGAAGAAGAAGAAAACCAACUUCGCCCUGAAGCACGCAGCCGAGAAGAUGACUUUGGAAGUCAGGUGACCCGGACAUUGGAGAGCCUGGGGCGGGCAGAAGAGGAGAAACCAAGUUUUGCAGCCGCUGAUGUGACUCAAGAUACAGUGCAGUCAUUGAUGCAGAAGUUCAAGGAGAGUUUUCGAACAAACACGCCAAUUGAGAUCUCGCACCUCCAGCAGGCACCACGCAGUGCAUCCACGGGACGAAAGAAGGGAAGGAGGAAUAAAAGUAGAGGUGGGAUGCUCUUUGGAGGAGCAGAAGAAGAUUCUGGUACAGAAGCAGAUGAUGAAACGCACCUCACCUUUUACUCGGAACACCGAGGCAGGCGAAGAAGCAAAGGUUCUCCCAGGAGCCCUUUGAAUAGAACUGCCCUCACUUUAAUCACGGUGUGCAGCUGUGUCCUAACUGUGGUAUAUGGAGGCCACUUGACAUGCCCCCUGAUGGUAAAGGUGACCUUACAUGUCCCUGAACACUUCAUUGCUGAUGGGAGCAGUUUUGUUGUCAGUGAGGGAAGCUUUCUGGAUGUGUCCGACUGGUUAAAUCCAGCCAAAUUAUCGCUGUUCUAUCAAAUCAACUCCACAUCUCCAUGGACAAGAGACCUUUGUGGACAAAGGACAUUAGAGCCGUGUGAACAUCUUUGUGAUGAAGAAACGGGUGAAUGUGGCUGUCAUGAUGGUUACUCUCCAGAUCCCAUUCAUAAACAUCUUUGCGUGAGAAGUGACUGGGGACAAAAUGAAGGACCAUGGCCAUAUACAACAUUGGAAAGAGGUUAUGACCUUGUGACAGGGGAUCAGGCACCAGAAAAAAUAUUCAGAUCUACCUACAGUCUGGGUCAAGGUUUAUGGCUGCCAGUUAGUAAAAGUUUUGUUGUGCCUCCAGUGGAGCUGUCCAUCAGGCCAUUAGCGAGCUGCAAGACCGAUGUCCUGGUGACAGAGGACACUGGAGAGGUCAGGGAGGAAGCUAUGCAAUCUACGUACUUUGAAACGCCAGACGACCUCUUGUCCUCAUUUGGCCCUGUGCGCGACUGCUCCCGGGAUAAUGGAGGCUGCACACGAAAUUAUCGUUGCGUGACUGAUCGAAAGAUUGACACCACGGGAUGUAUGUGUCCUGUGGGUCUGAGGCCUAUGAGGGAUGAUUCUGGCUGUUUUGACUACACCAAAGGGAUUGACUGUUCUGAUGGGUUUAAUGGAGGCUGUGAGCAACUUUGCUUACAACAGACAGUGCCAUUGGAAGAAGACCCUUCCUCCAAUAAUAUCCUGAUGUUCUGUGGUUGUGUGGAGGAGUACAGACUGGCAGCAGAUGGUAAAUCUUGUGUGCUGCUGUCAGAGACAUGUGAGGGCGCAAAAUGUCAGAAGCUUGAUGCCAAACUGAACGACACACUCUUCGUAGAGAUGCUGCACGGCUACAACAACAAGUCGCAACAGGUCAAUCAGGGUCAGGUUUUCCAGAUGACCUUUCGGGAGAAUAAUUUUGUGAAGGAUUUCCCUCAAAUAGCUGAUGGAUUAGUUGUCAUUCCCCUUCCUGUGGAAGAACAGUGUCGAGGAGUUCUUUCAGAGCCAUUGCCCAACCUCCAGCUUCUCACAGGUGAUGCAAAAUACAGUGAGGCUACUGGCUAUCCCAUGGUGCAGGAGUGGAGAGUUCGAAGCAAUCUAUACAAGGUUAAGCUCAGUUCAAUAACACAAUCUGCAGGUUUUUCCAAUGCACUGAAAAUGCUGAAGGAAGAGAGUAGCAGAGAGGACCUGAUUUCUGUCAUCCAGCAAUAUGGCAGCCAUUAUAUUGCUGAGGCACUCUACGGCUCAGAACUCACGUGCAAAAUACACUUUCCAAGCAAGAAGGUCCAGCAACAGCUUUGGCUCCAGUAUCAGAAAGAAACAACUGAAUUGGGGAACAAGAAGGAGCUCAAAUCGAUACCAUUUAUUUCAUAUCUGUCAAGUUUAUUGGGUGCCCAAAUGCUUUCAGAUGAGCAGCCAAUUACUGGCGUGGAGAUUGAGUGUGAAGAGAAAGGGCAGUGCCCUUCCAUAUGCCAUCUCUGCCAUCGGCAAGGCAAGGAUCAGGCCAGUCCAACACCUGUGCUACUGGAGAUCACUAGUAUAGUGCCACUGUACCACUUAAUAGAGGGCAACGUAACUAGAGAGACUUUCAAGACUGCGCUAAUGAGCUCCUAUUGGUGUUUGGGGAAGGGUGAUGUCAUUGAUGACUGGUGCAGAUGUGACUUGAGUGCAUUUGAUGAGGAUGGACUCCCAAGCUGCAGCCCAUUACCUCAGCCUGUGUUGAGACUCUCAACAAGUGUAGAACCAUCAAGUACGAUGAUAGGCUUGGAAUGGCAGGAUGCCCAACCCAUGAUAGGAACUAAGAUAGCUGACUACAUCAUUCACUAUAAGAAACUGGAUGAUUAUAUCGACCCAAAUCUUUAUGCAGGGGAAUCUCUGAGCUUUGCAGAUGACCUUCUUUCAGGCCUGGGAUCUUCCUGUGUUGUAGUGGGGAAAAACCAUGGGAUUGCCUCUGAGACAACGACAUACUCUUUAAUUUUCAAGUGCCUGGAACCAGACAGCUUCUACAAGUUUACGUUGUAUGCUUUGGACAGUAGAGGGAGACGCUCUGAGCCAAGCACAGUCACAACGAGAACCUCCUGCCCUCUGAUUGAUGACAUCAAGGCAGAAGAAAUAUCAGAGAUGAUCUACAGCCUAUUUAAUGGCUACACCAGUGGGAAGGAACAGCAAACUGCCUACAACAUACUGAUGGAGAUCUCUUCCCCCAUGGUUUAUCGGGUGAUACAUCACUAUAACUCUCACUAUGAAAAAUUUGGAGACUUUGGGUGGCGUAGUGAAGAUGAACUUGGUCCAAGGAAAGCUCACCUCAUUCUAAAGCGACUUGAGAGUGUGAGUGACCGCUGUGCAUCGUUACUACACAGUGCCUAUAUUCAGAGCCACAUAGACUCAGUGCUGUAUUUCAUCUGUCAAAUGGACGAAACCAGACCCACAGGAAUGGUCUGGUAUAGCACCUUACAUGAUGCAAAAGUGACUUGUGAUGAAAAACUCAUGUCUGUUCCACGCAACAUUUAUGGAGAUACUAAACUGUGGUGAGGCAUCUCAGCACAUUGAACUUUAAUUAUAUGAUCAAUUUUUGAAAUUUUCGAAGAAGCAAGGCAAAAAAUAAAAAGUGUCAUCACCUCAAAUGACAGCGAAAUCAUCAUCAGACAUUGCUCCUUUUGAAAAAGACGCCUUCAGGUCUUUGGUGCUUGUCGAAAUAUUUAAUCAGUUAAAGAAAUUGGAGCUACAUGAUUGGAACUAUGUGCUCAACAUUAACAAACAACUGUCAAGUGAACAGACAAAGAGUUAAGACCGCAUGUGAAUUAGUGAACCAACCAAAAAUUUCAAGAAAAAAUACAACAUGUUGUAGCGCAUUUUUUUGCUUUUUAUAAAUUGACAUAAGAAGAAAUGUACAUCUUUUUAACAAAAUAGUGGAGAAUUAUAAGAUAAAUCAUUGCUCUAUAAAAAUUGAUCCAAACCAAUUUCUAUGUUGGUACAUUGACUAAUGAUUCAAUGUCAGCAAAAGCUGGAUUAACAAUUUAACAAUGUUGUAAAUAUUAAAAUGCACAAUGUACCAUUAAAAAAAUGUACAGUAUUUUACCUUUAGAGAUGAAGAGGAUUCAUGGCUCAGAGAAGAAAAUACAGAUAUCUAUCAAUUAGUUUUCAUUGUUAAUUCGGGAUGUUGUCUAUAGUGACUGAUACCAGCAGGAAACAAACAGUUUGUGGUCCAUUAAAAUAACCAACUUAUUGAUGAUCCAGAUUUGUGUGUAGGUACAUGAUGGGAAGUAACAGGUUUCUAAAAUACAUAUUGGCUUCAUUUCUCUAAUGGUAGUUGUUAAACUGGUGGCUUCUAGCUUGAACUUUCAUAACACUGCGUUAACCUGGAUUCUAAACAUAUGUAGAUUAAAAGAUCAUGAAAAGUGAACCAAUUUCCAGUGCACAACCGUAGUUAUCACAAAUGGUGGCCAUAUUUUAAGUUGAAUAUGGAACUGUGACUAAACAUAAACAUUACAAUGUCUUUUGAAAGAUUAUGAACCAGUGCAGGGGAAGGUUUUGAUUGGAUGAAAUCAGUGUCAUAAAUUUUACUGAAAAACACAAUUGUCAAUUUUUUAAAAAAUCCCUUUUUAUCUUUUGUUUUGAUGUAAUUUUUCUGUUGAACAAGAUUUAUAUGCUGGAGCAGGUACAUUUUAUACUAUUGAAUCAUCCACUUAAAUAUAUCAGAAUGCAAUUGUGAGGACUAGACUUCACUUUGGAAUAGGGAUAAAUCAAAAAGAUUCAUAAGAACAAGUGAAAUUGUGACAGGUUUUGAAAUAAAAUAGCAACAACAAGUUACUACCAAGAAAUAAAGUGAGUGGCAAAGGCAAAAGCUAUUAAAAUGAAAUAAACUGGAGUGAGGAAUUCAAAGGAAGUAAUUUAGUAUCAAGACUAUUCACAUGUUAAUAUUUUAUUAGAGUUGCUGAGACUGGAUUAAGUACAAAGCAGUUUGAAUGUGCAUAUUAAAUCCUGGUUGAUUGUGGUGAGCUGAAGUACUUUAACCUAGAAAUUUAGCGUGGCUUAAAAUGGGAUUAACUUCAGCUAGCUAGAUAGGAAAUGGGCUUUAAUACUGAAUGAUAAUUGAUUAUAACAUGAAACAAUAUGAUUGAAUUUCACUGUACUAAAUAUAUUGUCUGAUAAAUAAAGAAUUUCAUGCAUCUCAUGCACAUAAUCACAUUUCUUCUCAAUUCAAAAGGGCACAUGCAGUCUCAUUUCACAUAGUGUCGUGAUUUGCGCUCUUUCAUAAUGUAUCAUAACUUGUUUCAUCCUCAAAAUGCACUUUUCCAUUCUCCAUUGGGGUUCAGGGAAGAGCCCAUGGUUUUGGAGGAAGUCUAUUAAAACAUUGAUAGAGGAUUGGCUAACAAAUAAAAGACAGAGACUUGAGAUAAGUGGAACAUUUUCAGGAUGGCAAUCUGUAAUCAAUGGAUAUGUGCUGGGGCCACAAUUAUUUACAACUUAUAUUAAUUACUUGGCUGAAGAAUGUGAAUGUGCAAUAGUCAGGUUUGUGGAUGACGCAAAACAGUUGGGGUGGGAAGGUACAUGGUGAGGAUGAGUUUGCAGAGGGAUAUAGACAGAGAAGCUGACAUCCUAGUUAUUGCCAAGUUAUUCAUCUCAGAUAAUGUUGUUGUGGGAGUCUGGAUUUGAAUAUUAUCAUGGCAGAUCAUGGAAUUAGAAUGCAGUAAAAAUCUGGAAAUAAGGAUCUAAUGAUGACCAUUGUAGAUUGUUGUAAAAACCCAUCUGGUUCACAAAUGUCAUAUAAUGAGGGAAAUCUGCCUUCCUUGCCUAACCUGACCUGCACGUGAUUAAUUAAUUGCCCUUAAUAAUUUACAAUUUACCUCUGGGCAAGUAGGGAUGGGCAGUAAAUUCAGCUCAAGCCAAUGGCAUCCACAUCCCGUAAAGGAAUGAAACAAAAGUGAGUUGACAACAGCAUGUCAAAUGGAACAUAAUGCGAGGAAGUGUGAAGUUAUGCAAUUGACAGAAAGAAUAGAGGAGCUGAAUAUUAUUUAAGUUGACAAAGACUGCAGAAAGCUGGAGCACUGAGGGAUUUGAUAGCUCCUGUGUAUAAAACACAUAAAGCUAGCUUUUGCUCGAUUGAUCUCAAAUAUGGAGAGACUACCUUCUGAGGAGAGGUUGAAUAAUUUCAGACUGAAGUAAUGGAAGCUGAGAAGAAUUAGAGGUGAUUUUAUUGGAAUAUUCUUACAGCACAUGAGACAGUCGAUGUGGGAAGAUUGUUUCCCCUUAUGGGAUCAUCUAGGAAUGGAGUGCACGAUCUUGCAAUAAGUGUUGCACAUUUAAUUAGAGUUGAGGAGGAAUUUUUCCUCUCAGAAAAUGGUGGAAUUCUUUACCACAGAGGCUGUAGGGGCUGGGUCAUUACAUAUAUUCCAGGCUGAGAUGGAUUUUUAAUCAGUUACGGAAUCAGGGGUUCUGGGGAAAGGCAGGAAAGUGGAGUUGAGUUUUCUCCAAUCAGCCAUGAUGUCAUUGAUAGAUUUAAUUCUCCUCACAUGUCUGAUGGUUACAGAUGCUGUCUGGGCAAAUACCAAACAUGUUCAUACCUCUGUCAGAAUUGUUACUCCCUCAAAGAAAUAUAGGCUCUGUCAUAAAAUCCACCUGAACUCAGGAGAGAGAUAUUUGUGGUAUGGUGAUCAAACAUGUCAUUCUUGCCUCUUUCUCUAUUUUUGUCUGGCUGUAUUCUCAUGCCAAAUUUAUAAGGAGUUAUGUUUCACAAAU